CGUUGCACAUUGUGUCCGUUUUCAUUUACUGUCGUGUGGAAACUGACUUUUACGACCUCUGAUCCGGGGCGUUCAGCGACUAGAUCAAUAAUUGUACUCACUACAUAACUAGACUAUCUGUUUUUAAUGCAAAAAGGGUCUCACCAUUACACAGACAGAACACUUUUGUGUAUUUUCAAUGGAUUUAGUUCACUCUUUAUUGGACAAUUGCGAGCCCGAAAGUGCAGGUUAUGUCAUGUCAGCUGGCUCGCAGCAACAGCGAAAUGAUUAAGAAGCUUAUUGGAGUUUUGAACCCUAAACACUUUAACCUUGUUGAAAGGACCAGAGCAUUCAGCACAACCAUAUUUUUACAAGGCUGUCAGUCCGAAAUUAACGAUAUAAAAAAGUUCAUUGUCGAAAACACAGAGAUCGUCAGAGAGAACAAUUUGACACCAGAAAUCCAAUUGAGAUUGUUCACCCCAAACUGUUGGUUCUGGCACGCGAGACCAGAGCUUUGGCCUUUCUCGGAUCCUUUCUGGGCCAUCUACUGGCCAGGCGGACAGGCGCUCACCAGGUAUGUUCUAGGAAAUCCUCUGGUUUCAAAGGGUAAGAAAGUGUUGGACCUCGGCAGUGGCUGUGGGGCGUCUGCUAUUGCUGCCCAGCUCUGUGGAGCUGCUCAUGUGGUAGCAAACGAUAUAGACCCGGUUGCAGCCGUGGCGACCCAGAUCAACUGUGAGCUGAACGGGCUGGAUCCCCUCCUCUGUGUCACAGACAACCUGAUUGGUUCAGACUCCGGGGGAUAUGACCUCAUCCUCCUGGGAGACAUGUUCUAUGAGGAAGCCCUGGCUGUCAGCCUCCGGCACUGGUUGGACCGCUGCAUCCAAACCCAGGGGACCGAGGUUCUGAUAGGAGACCCAGGAAGGGCCCAGUUUGAGGACCAGCGAGGCAGGAGACGGCUGCAGUGCCUGGCGCAGUACGAGCUGCCCCUUGCUGUUCAGCAGGAGAACUAUGGACUCACCUGCUCCUCUGUGUGGCAGUAUCAACCUCGGCUCUGACCAGUAGAUAUCUAGGAUUCUCUUCUAUUUGUUCACUAACAACACAACUAUGUACUGUCUCACUGUCGAUAGUCCUCUUC